UGUGGUUCAAUAAGCGCUGCUGUAAGGUUUCGUUUGUUUACAAAAAAAGAAGAAUAAAGUUAGAAAAUUUAAUUAUUUUAAAACUGAAGCCAAAAUGACUAAAUCAAACUUCAUAUUAUUGCAGCAAGGUGUAUUGAAUAUUUUGAAAAAGGCUACAAAGUCAAAACACGAAGCCGACAUAGAAGGAAUUAAAACAUUAUUUGAUGACAACAAAGGCAAUGAAACAGAGAAGAAACUUGCCAUUGAACAUGCAUUACGAGAGUUAAUAAUGAAAACUCAUAUCAAUGAUAUGCAGGCCAUAGAGAAGUUGAUAGAAAUUUCUAUUGCCAUCGCGAAAAUUGAACUCAUCUCGCCUUACUCACCGGUAGUUCUUCUCGUAGAUGUUUUCGAUGUAAAGACACUUGAUCAUUGUGAGAAUCUCUUCAUGUUCGUUGAAAAGAAUGUUCAUGUCUUCAAAGGAGAACAUUUUUUCACUCCAUGUAAAAAUCAUCUUCUCAGAAUGUGCAACGAUUUAUUACGUCGCUUAUCCAGAUCUCAAAACACGGUCUUCUGCGGACGAAUUCUCCUCUUCCUCGCCAAAUUCUUCCCAUUUUCAGAACGUUCUGGUUUAAAUAUCAUUUCGGAAUUUAAUGUUGAGAACAUUACCGAGUUUGGAUCGGUAGAUGGCGACGACCCAAUGGAAGAAACAUUAGAAGAUUCCUCUUUGAAGGUGGAUCGUCAUCUUUACAUGAAAUUCUGGGGAUUACAGGAAUUCUUUCGAUGUCCAAACAACUGUUACGACUUCACACAAUGGAAGAAGUUCACAAGCACGUCAACCGAUGUUCUUGCCGCUUUCAAAAGUUUCAAACUUGAAGAAUCCUCAGGAUCAAAACAAAUGAAAACCACAAAAACAACUGAAGAAGCAAUGAACAUUGACAAUGAGAAAGUCGAAGAAUCAUCGGGACACUUCUUUGCCAAGUUCUUAACCAAUCCGAAACUUUUAUCACUUCAAUUGAGCGACUCAAAUUUCCGUCGUACAGUUUUAGUUCAAUACUUGAUACUUUUUCAAUAUCUCACAGCGACUGUGAAAUUUAAGAGUGAGAAAGAUCAAUUGAACAGCACACAACAAGAAUGGCUACAAGAGACAGAACUGAGUGUCUACAAAUUAUUAAGUGAAACGCCACCAAAUGGAAAAGAAUUUGUUGAGACUAUCAAACACAUUUUGAAGCGCGAAGAGAUGUGGAAUAAUUGGAAAAAUGAAAGUUGUAAGGAAAUCCAACGACCUGUGGGGAGUGAACCGAAAGCUGGAAGUGAACCAGCAACGACAAAUAAGAGAAAAUAUCUUGGCGACACAAUUGCUGAGGCCACAAAAGUUGGAAAAUUCGAUCUCGGGAACAGUGAACUGACACGCUUAUGGAAUUUAUGUCCUGACAAUCUUCAAGCUUGUAAAGGAUCCGAUCGUAACUUCCUUCCAUCUUUAGAAUCUUAUUUGGACAAUCCAAAAGAGAAAAACGAUCCAACAUAUGAAUGGCGAGCAUUGCGUUUAGUCUCACGACAAAGUUCACAUUUUUUCACGAUUCUUUCACCACCAAAUGAAAAGAUUGAAAAGAUUUCUGAUUACCUUAAAUCCUUCCAUCAGAAAAUUCAAAAAGACAAAGGCGAGAUGGAAGCUAAAUUGGAAGCAAAUAACAACACAGAACUUCAAAUUGAACAAGAACAAGCGGAACAUUUCACUGAAGAUGCUGGUGAUGGAAUCGAAGAUGGUGAAGUUGCUGAUGAAAAUAUUCAUAAGACAACAACAGCUACGCCUGAACAAAUUGUUGAGAUUUCGAAAGCACUUGGCGACGAUUGGAAGAAGCUCGGAGUUAAGUUAGGGUACACGUCAGACGUUCUCGAAUUCUACGCAUCUAAAGAAAAGGAACCGUGUGUGAAAAUGCUUUCAAGCUGGAUGGAAGAAGAUGAUGAUGCCAAUCUCGACAAUCUACUCUACACAAUUGAAGGCCUGAAACUCGAAAAAGCUGUGGAAGUUGUGAAAAAAAUGGUUGGAAGUGAAGAUGAUCAACAAGAGUAGAUUAUGCUGGAAAAUUUCUUUAUUUUUAUUUUUCAUUUUCAAUCAAUCAAUUUAACACGAAAUAAAUAUUAAUUAAUUGAUUCCUUUUUCAAUAUCUCUUGAUUUUCCACGUGCAAGUCCUGGCAGUGAACUUUUUCCUGAUUGUUCAUCCAAUUCCUUUUGUCUUUCAGCUUUUUUAAUCUUUCGGUGUCGUCGUGCUAAUGUCAACAUGAUUGUUCCCCACCAUAUAGACCACCCCCAACCAACGAGACAGAAAAUAAUUGUGAAAGCUUGUGAAACGCCAACAAUUGAAUUAAUGAUGAAUGAACCGAUGCGACCUCGAGCACCAUCGUGCUGAGAGAAUCUUGGAAUUCCAAUGCAAAGACAAAAGAAUCCACUGAAGAUUGUACCUAAAGGAAAAUUACUGUUAACAAAGUUUCCAU